CUAUUCGAGGCAUUUUUUGAGGUCCUCAACACAAAAUGUUCUCCCAAAAGUGGGGAACACCGGAUGGGUGGUAAUAGCAUCCUCUAUCACACAUCAAUGAAGGAGCGCAUGCGCAAUGAUACGUGUCGGGAACAAAAGAUGUCCUCAGCUCGCCGCCAUUGAAUCCUCUUGUCUUGCGGGGAAGACAACAUUUGCUCGAACACUUCAUCUCAAUCUCGAUGAGGGAAAGAAAAGGUGUUUUGCUAAGAAGAAGAUCUCAUUAGAAGAAGAAUCGAGAAUGAGCAACAAAAGCAGAAGUAUCUGUCCGAUGGUGAGGGAAAACGGUUGAAGGGAAGGAAAAAAACAAGAUGGCGAAGGCUCGCUCAGCAAGGAACAGCAACAGGAUGGCAGCUUUAAAAAGGGCGAGCGAAAGGCGAGCCAAAUCCUGCUUUCUGGUGGUCAUCUUCUUCGCUGUCUUUGCCUGCAUGCUAGUCACAGAAGUGUUCUACGUUGAAGACGAACGCUGGAGAGAAGAAAAGUUCUUGUCCAUGUUCAAUUUCGGAGACGAUAUGAUGGAUUCAGCGCCGCCACCUUCCAACAGCAGAGUUGCCAGAGAGCUGAAAUACGAGGAGAACGAUACAGUGACAGUCGAACAUGAAGACUUCUGGCAAAGUGUUUCCAAUGCGAAAGAUAAGUUUUUCGUUUACUCUGCCUACUACGAUGACAGGCGAACAAAGUGGGUGAGGGUGAUAGCCGCGGCCAGAACUCGUCUGGCGGACAAAGUGUUCUGCAGAUUCAGCUUCAGCAAAGGAGAUUCCUUAACUGUGGUGGGUAUUAACAGACUCAUCAGAGAGAACUGGAAUCUCAAGUACAGUGCUUAUUUCAUCCUCUGUCCCUUAAAACAACCCCUCAUACCGACCCACGUGUCUAUCAUCAAACAAAGUGAGACACUACUCACGGUUGGAAACAAGCUGCUCGUGAGGAAUAACAAAAAACUUUACAAAAAGCCGGAAGGGGUGGCUGUGUGCAUCAAACCGCUCCACUACGAAUACAACAAAGUGAAGAACUUGAUUGAAUUCAUAGAGCUCAACAGGAUAAUGGGCGUGAACCAUUUUGUGUUGUACAAUCACACAGUAGGCCCGGAUGUGGAGUGUAUAUUGAAGAAGUAUGUUACGGAAGGCGUGGUCACCGUUCUGCCAUGGCAGCUGGACAUUGUGUCUCAGAAAGAGAUACGAACCGAGGGUCUCUUUGCGGCCCUUAAUGACUGCUUGUACCGGACGAUGUAUCGAUUCCGCUACGUCCUCAUGAUAGACUUGGACGAAUACGUCAUCCCACACAAAAACAAUUCCCUCAAAGUCAUGUUGGAGUACUUGCUAAGAAAGAAUCCCGACAGGACAGGGGCUUUCUCCUUCCAAAACGCUUUCUUCUAUCUUCAGUGGCCAGAUGAUUCAUCUGCAGUGAGCCUACCCUACAAGCUGCUCACUUUGCAGAAGACUACCAGGAAGUCCAAGUUCCACGCCCACAAGCAGCGUUCCAAGUGCGUCAUUUUACCAGAGAGGGUGGUUGAAAUGGGGAACCACUUUGUGUGGGAGUUCAUCACGGGGAAGACGAUGAUGAAUAUACCACCAGACGUGGGAUUUUUGCACCACUACCGGGUGUGUGAAUUUGGUGGUAACGACUGCAUUAAUACCACCCACGUGACUGAUCGUCGCUCAUACGCCUGGAAAGAUGCGAUGGUGGACAUGAUAUCUCUACGCCUCAGACUAUUGCAACCAGUAUGCCAAAAUAUUUCCCCAUUUCUCCUUGAAUGAAUAGCUAAUGUGUCGUAGGGUUUAUUUUCUAACUUAGGGAUCGUUCAUACUGCAAGUGAUUCACGCACUUGCGGCCACCCUCCAGAGGUAACGAAUCUUAGCAAUGGUUUAACCAACCAAGUGCUCGUGUGAAAUAUUCUCAGAGGUAAUGUGACCAGAUUUCUGAACCAUGAUUUGAAGACAAAUCGCUUGGGGAUUCCUCAAAAAGUUUUACCACUCGAGGAUACCCAUAUAUUCAUAGAAAAUAAUAAUUUAGAUGUGCAACAGAGCUCUCACUUUUUUUAAAAAAAAUAAUAACAAUAACUAAUAUCAGUUGCAGAGCCAUCUUCAUCAAGCUUGAUGUCAUUAUUAAGUAGUUUUGAUCUAUCUUUAGAUGUUCUACAUUUGUUCAUCACUUGUAAAAUGAAGGAGUUUAUGAUUAUUAGUUUAUUUUUUGCUGGAAUUAUUUUACAAACGAAUACGAAGUUUUCAUAAGUUAAUUUUAGCAUGGUACUUUUCUGCUUUCUGUAGUAAGAUAAAAUUAUUUUGUUUAAUAAAAGAUGCGCAUUUCCGAA